UCCUCCUCCUGUGGUUUCCCCCUCUCUCUGCACAAGGACCCACCCUAGCUGCUCCGGGCUGUGUGUUUGUGUAUGUUUAUGUUUAUGAGCCUCUUUACUCCAUUUAUCCAGGGCACCAUGAUGCAGCCGGGCCCCAGGCUCCUGCCCAUUGUACUUCUCACAGUCAUUCUCCAUUGCUCAGCCAAAGAAGAUGGUCCCAUCCACGUGAGUGGCACCCUGAACCAAUUUAUCUUCUUGUCCAACUAUCUGACCUUGGAAGCUCCCGCACAGCAAGUCACUUGGUAUUUUAAGAACAAUGGGACGCAAUCGAGGCUGGCGGAAUACAAGAAUCAGCAACUUGAGAUCAUUAGCAAUCAAUUUACCGACCGGCUUGAAGAGUCAAAUGAUGGGACAUCGUUAAAGAUCAGUGACCUGACCCUGGAGGACAGUGGAAUCUUCUCCGCCGUCAUUACUCUUGAGGAUGAAAAGACGGAAGAGAUUGUUUUCAAUCUCACUGUGAGUGUCCCUCAAGAAAAAGAAGGCACCGCUAUCCCAGUGAUUGGGGACCUAAGCCACUCUGUCUAUCUGUCAAACUAUCUGACACUUUCAGCUUCCAUUUUGGAAGUCACUUGGUUCAAGGUUCUCAACGGCAACAAAGUGAAACUGGCAGAAUUCAAGAACAACAAUCUUGUGGUCUCCAACACUCAGUAUGAUGGACGUUUGGAAGCUUCUAAUGGGGGAGCAACUUUAAGGAUUAAGAAACUGAAGCUGGCGGAUAGUGGACUCUUCACUGCCACCAUGGUGCUUACUAACCAGGAGACAACUGACAUCGCAUUCAAUGUUACUGUGUCUGACAAACUAGAAGCUCCUAUGAAGGUCGCUGGCCUUCAAAACAGGUUAAUAGAACUGUCACAAAAACAAAAGAUAUUGGCUCCUGUGGAAAGUGUGACUUGGUAUUUCGAAAGCAAAGGGCAAAAAUUACAACUGGGCGUGUCUAGGAAUGGGAAAUUCAUGGUUACCAACAAUGAGUUUAGCAGGCGUCUCAGCACAAGAGUUUAUGGCACAAGGUUAAAAAUCGAUAACCUUAGGAUGAAGGACAGCGGCAUCUACACUGGGCACAUUGAGUUUGCGGACAAAGAGUCAAGAGAGAUGUUAUUUAUCCUCACUGUUUAUGAGCCUCUUCCAACCCCAAAUAUAAUAAGCACAUUGAUGUCAACUGGAGAAGGGUGUAAUUUCACCCUCAAAUGUCAAAUCCCAGGAGACCAGUCCACACUGAGUUAUUUCUGGAAACAUCGCCAUUUAUCAAGUUUCUACCAGCACUAUAAGAACGGCAGCACCAUCAAUGUAGCUCUGCGAUCUUCCUUAAUCGAACACAAGUUUCAGUGCAACAUCAAGAACCCAGCCGAAAUCAAGGUCGCUUCAGUCUCUUCUAAGGACAUCUGCUCUAAAAGACCCUUCAAGACAAAACUAAGUGAUUACGUCUGGACCAAAUACGUGAAAAUUUUAUUGCCCAUUUUCGGCUUGUCGGUGCUCAUAUUGGCUGUCCUUCAAAGAAAGAAAAUCAAGGGAAUGUUGUGCGGAGCAGCUGACUCUUCUCAUACUCAAGAAGGAUACGCACCUCCUGAAGGCCAAAUGACUGAUGUUAAUAUGAUGAAUCCCAACAUCCCAAAUCAGGGUAUGCCUGGGUGUCCUCCUGAACCACCAGGAGCUUCUGGAUAUCCCCCUCCUGCUGGUUAUCCUCCUGCUGGUUAUCCUCCUGCUGGUUAUCCUCCUGCUGGUUAUCCUCCUGCUGGUUAUCCUCCUUAUCCUGGAGCUUAUCCUCCUGCCGGAGGCCCUGUUGUGGGAUAUCCUCCUGCUGGAAGCCCUGCUGUGGGUUAUGCAGCUCCCGGAGUCCUUCCUGAGGGAUAUCCACCUGCCGGAGUCCCCCCUGAGGGAUAUCCACCUGCAGGAGCCCCUCCUGUGGGAUAUCCACCUGCCGCUGUCCCCCCUGAGGGAUUUCCCCCUGCCGGAGCCCCUCCUGUGGGUAAUGCUCCUACUGGAGCCCCUUCUGAGGGGCAUUCUCCUUCUGGAGUCCCUCCUGCUGGAUCCUAUCCCACAGGAUAUCCUCCUGCAGGAUAUCCACCUCCUCAAGGAUAUCUCCCUCCCACAGGCUAUCCCCUUGCUGGAUACCCACCAGCAGGAUACUCUCAGUCUGUUCCUGGUACAGAGAACACCCCUGCAAUGGGUAAGGACUCAGAACCAAAGCCCUACUAGAAAUGACUCAAGCCAGACAAUAUAUAACGGAUCUACAUGAUGGUGUCCGUUGGCAAAGAAUGAAUUGUGUUACAUUAAUAAGAAUAAAGAAGAUGUAGAAACAUAGCUAUAGGACAUUGAUGUGGAUAUAACCAAUUCAAGAACAAAGGGGGAAAUACUCUAUGAGACGUUUGUCUUGGCAACAAACCCCCAGCCUGAAUGUUGUCACUACCAGAAAGGAAACCUCUGGACCAGAAAGGAAACCUCUGGACUGUUAAAGUGCUUUUCGUCUUUUUCAAACAUCAGUUUUGGUCUUGUAUGAAUGAACCAGAUUGUUCCAUUAAUACCACAUUCAUAUCUACCUCAUAUCAUGGGCAAAACAAGAGAACCAGUCUUUUCAGUAGUUGGAAAACGUUCUCUGAUGGUUGGUUUGUCUGGUGUUUUUUUAGACGUAAAAUGACUUGGGAGCCAUUUAAGCAUGAACACAAGUCUUGCAUGUACAGGAUCAUAUCCUUUUUUAUUUUGUUUGUUUUUUAAACAAUAAAAUGCAACAUACUCCAUAUUGUAGGAUAGACAGGGGCUCCACUAGAGCAGGAGCACCAACAGUAGACCUCAAUUAUGCAUCUGCAACCCAACACUUACAGUUAGCAUCUCCUGGAAUCAAAUCUUGUUUAGGUUAGUGUUUUUUUUCUAACUUGGGCAUAUGAAUAAUUAUGGUUGUUUGUUGGUAAUAAUCUUUGGCAUUUUUAUUUAUUAUUGGUGGUGUUUUCAGGCCCUCAAGAAUAUAGCCAACCUUGUGUUGAGUUCUUAUAAUGGAAACUAUACUAAAAACCUUUUAUACUGGGUGAUAAACUGGGGAUAAAUGGAAGAACAUCAGUGUAUCAUAACCACCGAGCCUUGACCUGUUCACGCAUUGCUCAAAUUUGACUUGACUUUCCUCUAGCCACAUGGAGGAAUAGUAUUGGGUCUGCAAGUGAAGGAUAUCUAAAUGAUCUGCUACAUGUAGUGCCGUGUACAUUGUAGUAACUUACUGCAGUGGUACUUUAUAAACAUAGUCAGUAUGUGCUAUUAUUUAGGCAAUGGAUAUACCAAAUUUUGCAUAGGAUAUCAAACCAUGGUACCAGUAAUACCUAUAGAGGAGGAAGAGAGUACUCCAUACCCAUCGACUCUUACUGCACUUAUAUGAAUUGUCCAAAAACAACAUUCCUUAUCUGCUAAUUUGACUUUAUAAGUGGAAGCUAGAGAGUUGAUUGCCUUGACAGGAGAAGAUUUAAACCUACUCUAGGAUUAUGCACUUCAACUACGUUUUUUCGGUCAUCACCCAAAAGUCAAGAUCAACUCAGGGAGCUAUAACAUCUUUUCACCCUUUGAUUACCUAAAUAAAAUGUCAUUUCCAAGAAGAAACUAUUAGAUAAUCACCUUAUUUUGGACCCAAAAAGGAGGCAGAAAUUUGGUAGAUCAAGAGAGGUCUCUGAGGAAUAGAGGAAGAAUCACAGUUUAAAGGAGCAUUGGGCAAGUCAUUUAGAUCAGGAACACUUGGAAAAUAGAAAAAUGAGAGUGGAUCCUUUAAGAAUUUCUGAUGGCCACUAAUGUUUAGAUCUAGAAAAGUUUAAGAAGAGUACUGUCCAGCUCCAGUACCCAUAUAUACCCUAUAGACAUAUCCCAAGCUGUCAGCCUGGAUUCAAAUUGUGAUUAUGUUCUUCAAAGAAUAAAUAGAAUCCAGUGGAUGGUCACUCUUGACAUGAUCUAGAACAGUGUCUUCCACCAACAUCGGUCUUCAACCCGAGGCUUUCCAGCAGUAGCUGAAGCACAAAUGCCAGCAUUCCAACCAACCAAAGGCUGUCAUUGAGUUGCUGAAUGUUAACAGUCCUACAACAGUUGGUGACCCACCUACUGGAGUUGAAGACCCUCAUAUUGAAGACCAUAUUGUAGACCAUGGAACAGGCAUCCAAACCACAUUAAGCAUCUAACAGACAUUCAGUAGGUAACCUUGGUUGAAAACGAAACAUUAUGUCCACAUUUGUCCCUAAAUGGACUUCGGCAAUUCGAAAAAAAAGCCCUUGGGUCAAUAAGAAACGAUAGGCAUACAUUCCUUAUAUUAUGGUUAAAUCCUUAUAAACGAACAUUUGUAACUGAGGAACAGUGUAAACAAUCAUUAAAUGGCAUUUGUGCUGCAUUUAUAUUAUGCUGGAAACUUCUAUUAUAAUUAAUGCCUUAAAGAAAUAAAUCCCCAGGGUUUUUAAUGUUCAUGUUUGAAUACCCUGUAUAUCAGUAUGAUCACGUAUGUUAUAGCUUUAGAACAUGUGAUCACACAAAGUAGAAGCUGAUUGGCCAGUGUGUGUGUGUUUAUUAUAUCAUAGUGCAAAUUUGCUAACAUCAUACUCCAUUGCUUUAUAUCCAAGCACGCGGAUGGCUAUUCUGGUAUAGGAAAUGUAAACACGACAGUUUAUUAUUAUUAUGGAGGGGAAAUUAUAUGAACAGAUAAAUGUUAUAUGAACGUAUAAAUGUUACUAUAAACACUUGUGGGUCAUUUAUAAACACUGGGAAAUUUUGCACAUGGGCAGUAACCCAUGGCAACCAAUAAAAUAGUGAUCCCUAUUGACUCGCUGCAUUAAAGGCUGAGUGGGUGAAAAAUAACCAUAGGUGUUUUACCCCUUCCCCAGGCUUUAAAUGUUUAACAGGGGUCACUGGGGUAUUUUUAAAUGGGUUGUAUAUGCCAUAUGUUAUUUGUUGUAUGGUAUUUUAUGAAGGGAAAAAUAAAGAAGCUGAAAUGCUA